CAUGCAGCCGGUCCAGUCUCUCCUCCAUAGCGGGUACUUCCACCCCACCCUCAGAUACUGGCAGACCUGCGCGUCUGACCUGAGACCCGACAACCUCAUCUACCCCAUCUUCGUCACGGACAGUCCUGAUGCAGUGGAGCCCAUCGCCAGUCUGCCGGGACAGGCCAGGUACGGGGUAAACAAGCUGGAGGACAUGUUGAGGCCGCUCGUAGAGAACGGAUUGAAGUGUGUGCUGAUUUUUGGAGUGCCUGCGAACAUUGCAAAGGAUGAGAGAGGCUCGGGCGCCGACUGUGACUCGACCCCAGCGGUCCUGGCUGUGAGGAAGCUGCGGUCGCUGUUCCCAGAUCUGGUCCUGGCCUGCGACGUCUGCCUGUGCCCCUACACCUCCCACGGACACUGUGGAAUCUUGCGUGAAGACGGGACUCUGGAUAACGCUGCCAGCUGUGAGCGGCUGGCGGAGGUGGCGGUGGCCUACGCCAGGGCGGGGUGCCACAUCAUCGCUCCCUCCGACAUGAUGGACGGACGAGUGGGAGCCAUAAAACAGGCGCUGGUGUCUCACGACAUGAGCAACAAGGUGUCUGUGCUGAGCUACAGUGCUAAGUUUGCCUCCUGUUACUACGGGCCCUUCAGAGAUGCAGCCCAGUCCAAGCCAGCGUUCGGAGACAGACGGUGUUACCAGCUGCCCCCUGGUGCAAGAGGCCUGGCACUACGAGCUGUGGAGCGAGACGUGAAGGAGGGGGCAGACAUGCUGAUGGUGAAGCCGGGCCUGCCCUACCUGGACAUCGUCAGGGAGGUCAAGGACAAGUACCCGCACCACCCCCUGGCGGUGUAUAACGUGUCGGGGGAGUUCGCCAUGCUGUGGCACGGGGCCGCGGCCGGAGCCUUCGAUCUGCGCACCGCUGUGACCGAGGCCAUGACCGCCUUCCGCAGAGCAGGUGCUGACAUCAUCAUCACGUACUACACGCCUCAGCUGCUCACCUGGCUGAAAGAGUAACGGAGCCCGUGAUUGGACAGAGAGGUGGACCAAUGACAGGCUUCCCUUAUCGAGCUGUGCUUGGCUGUUCUACAUCCACAGGAUUCCUAUAGUUUUGUUAAUCCAUGAUUUCAUAUCUUCAUGUAGGUUAUUUUUAUAUCAUGGGUUUUCGUUCAUAUCUAAGUGCAGCAGUUACAGAUUCUCACCAAAGAUGGGAGUAUUGCGUUAAAAAGAUCAGCCGCUUUUAUAAAAUGUGUAAAAGGUUAGUGUUUCUUGAACAAAUUGAGAAUGUACUAAUUUGUGAAUGGAGUUUUGGGGUCUUGGGGUCUUUCCUAACGGUAAUGAAUGAUGUAAUCCUGGAUGUGGACCUCCGAUCGUCAUGUUGGCUUCAGAACCGAUGUGUUCCUGGUCGUAAGGUCGGGUUACUUAGCAACCUUGCAUAACAAGCAUCUCCUGACCAUGGCAAGUAAAGACAAAUCCAAGAAAAGAUAAUAAAUGAAAGUUUCUUUC